GGGGUAAAAUUACCCUGCAUGUGUGUCUCUAUAUAUAUGUAUGUAUCUGCAGAGAAAGAGUGUUGAAUUACAAGCAAAAAAGAAGAAGAAGAACCCAACAAACGGCUAUAAUUUAGCGUUUUCCCAUUUAGUCAAUUCACAAAGGAAAAAAAAAAUUUGUAAAAAUUAAUUCCCUCCUCUCAUUGAUAAUGGCAAUUCCAUUGCUGUAAAAUUUGAGAGGGAGGGGGUUCAUUUUUUUUAAUCUGGGUUUUUUUUUCUUCAACAAUCUCUCUUUUGAUAUUUUUGUUAUCUUCUAAAUUUUAUAGAAGGUAACAAAAGAUCUUGAGAGAUAAAACAUAAAAAAGUUGGAAAAAAGCCAAAGUUUCAUUGGCCAUUUAUUGAGGGUUUUGAAUUAUAUAGUUAUUGUGUUGUAAUGGUGUCUGAUAUUUAUUAUCCUUCAAAGAAGAGUGACGAUUUUUGUGAAGACGUUUGUGGCGAGCAAUCUACCCCUGGAAUAAUAGGCAUGUCGAGACUACGAUGUAUGCUUCGAGGAUUAGAUUUAAAGGCUAUUGUCUUUUUGGUUGUUUUUGUGCCAACAUGCAUAGUUGGCAUAUACUUUCAUGGACAAAAGAUUACAUAUUUCCUCCGUCCCAUAUGGCAAUCUCCUCCGAAGCCCUUUACUGAAGUUAUUCACUAUUAUCAUGAGAAUGUAUCGAUGGAGAAUCUUUGCAAGCAACAUGGAUGGGGAAUUCGUGAAUAUCCUAGACGUGUCUAUGAUGCAGUUUUGUUUAGUAAUGAAGUGGACAUGCUUACUAUCAGAUGGAAAGAAUUGUAUCCUUAUAUUACGCAAUUUGUUCUUCUAGAGUCGAACUCCACGUUCACUGGCUUGCCCAAGCCUUUUACUUUUGCUAUCAACAAGGACCAAUUUAAGUUUGUUGAACCUCGGUUGACUUAUGGAACCAUUGGAGGAAGAUUCAGAAAAGGUGAAAAUCCGUUUGUUGAAGAGGCAUAUCAGAGAGUAGCACUCGACCAGCUUUUGAGAAUAGCUGGGAUAGAGGACGAUGAUUUACUGAUAAUGUCAGAUGUUGAUGAAAUUCCUAGCAGGCAUACCAUCAAUCUUUUGAGAUGGUGUGAUGAUAUUCCUCCGAUUCUUCACCUUCAUUUGAGGAAUUACUUGUACUCUUUUGAAUUUGAGAUUAAGCACAGAAGUUGGAGAGCUUCAGUCCACAGGUAUCAGAGUGGGAAGACUAGAUACGUACACUACCGUCAGACUGAUUACCUUUUGGCGGAUUCAGGUUGGCAUUGUAGUUUUUGUUUCCGCCACAUCUCGGACUUCAUAUUCAAGAUGAAAGCUUACAGCCACACUGAUAGAGUGAGGUUUUUGCAUUAUUUGAACCCUAGAAGAAUACAAGAUAUCAUUUGUCAAGGGGCUGAUUUAUAUGACAUGCUUCCUGAGGAGUACACGUUCAAAGAUAUCAUCGGUAGCAUGGGACCCCUCCCUCAUUCUCACUCGGCCGUUCAUCUUCCUGCUCAUCUGCUGGAAAAUCCCAACAAGUAUAAGUAUCUCUUGCCUGGCAACUGCAAAAGAGAAAGUGGCUAAGUUUUUAAUUUACCAGUGCUGGGAACAUUUUCGUAACAUGGGAGGUGUUUUCAUGUGCCGAUUUUAUGUUGCACCACGAGGGACAGACUCUUAUCAGGUAAUUGAUGAUGGUCACGUGGCAGUGCUUUAUACAAUUAAAUCUUAUAGGUAAAAGUAGUUUCAGGGAAGCGGCCGGGUGAAUAUUGUCUUUUGGUUCAUUUGAGGUAUCAGUACAUUUAUUUGCCAAGUAAACAUUUAAUUUAGGUGAUGACGUGAAGGCGUUUGGGGAAACUUGAAUGUUUCCUGUCUGUAUCGCAUAUAAACCUGAGAGAGGACUCUCUGAAUGACAAUGCUCGGGCUUUUUGAUUGUAGAAUUGGUUUUCUGACUCUUUUCCUCCUGUUAGUGACAUUAUUCCAAUGUAUAACUCUUGUUUUCCCGAAUUUGUUGCAUAUAUAUCAUGCUGAAAAGCAUCGAGGUCAGUUAGACGCCAA